AUGAAAUCUAAGCGUAAAUCUGCUAAAACUAAAAAUAGCUAUAAUAAACGACUAUAUGCCGCAAAUGCAGUUAAAAAGAAAGAUGUAGUUUCUAGGAAGGAGCAGCAAAGGAUAUGCAAAGAAAAAUUGCGAUCGGAUUCGGUAUACCGAAAAUCCGAAGGAGAACUAAACAAAAAUAGGAUAGCGCAUUUGCGCAAGGACGAAAGCUUUAGGAGAAGGGAAAAGGUAAGUAAUAGAAUACGUUUAGCGACAACUAGACAUAGUGACAAUAAUUUCGCUCGGCUUGAAAAUGAGAAGCAUAGGAAACGUAUAGCUAUCAAGAGAAAAAAUGAUGAGAUAUUUAAAAUUAAUGAAAAAAAUAAAAAUAAAGUACGCAUGCGUGAAUAUAGGAAAAACGAAAGUAUAAGAUUGGCUGAAUAUAUGGCAAGAAAGCGCGAAGAUAAUGUUCAUCGAGAGCGAAGGAGAAAUGAGUUGCGUAUGAAAUUUUUAAGACAGGGUCAAUAUAAACUAUCUGAAAUUAAUAAAAAUAUCGAACGGAAUAUAAUUCUCCGUCAAAAUUAUGCAUAUAACCAGUUAGAAAAUAAUAAAAAUAAGCUGCGUAAUAGACUUCUUCGACAAAAUUAUGAAUAUAGGACGAGCGAAAAUUAUAAAAAUAUCAGGCGAAAUAGUGACUUAAGACAUAAAUUACCAUAUCGCACAAAGGAAAUGAAAAAUAAUAUCGAGCGCAAUAUGCAUUUACGACGUAAAUCUUUGUAUAGAACUCGUGAAAACGAGAAAAAUAUGAUACGCAACAACAGGUUAAGACAAGCUCCAAAUUUUUCAAUAAACGAAAAUAAAAAUAAUACUUUUCGUAAUAAGAUUUUGCGCAAAAAUAGAGAAUUUAGAUUAAAUGAAGCACGUUCUAAUAUUUCACGCAUGAGAAUGACUCGUAACAUUGCGCAUUACAGUACAAACGAGAAAAUUAAAAAUAUAGAUCGAAUGAGAAAAUCACGGCACGAUAAAGUCGCAUAUAGAAAGGAACUAAAGAAGAAUGCCGAACAUAAAUUAAAAAACAGAGAACUAGAUUUCAUAAAAUAUCGUGAAAACAUAUAUAAUCAAUUAAAAACAUUUGACAAAUUUUAUCCAUUUGCAGAGCUGCAGCAAAAGUUUAUUCAUUUAAGAGCCGAAACUACUUCAUAUAUUUGCUGUUGCUAUUUAGAGGAACGAAUGGUAGCGCCAAUAUUAAAUUUUAUGCAGAUACGUGCUUUAAAGCCUUAUGCUUUAAAUCCACAAUUAGGAUUGAAAGGGAGCGUGGUUAAUAUUUCAAUCCAAAUCAACGAUCUCUUAAAUGUUCUUCCAAGAAAAUUCAAUCAAAUGAAAACUAUCCAAAUCAAAUUAAAACGAAAUAUCAGUCAUAAGAGCGACUAUAUGUUUGAAACAGUAGAUCAAAAAUAUUUAGAUAUGUUUGAUAGCGGCGUUGAAAACGUUAAUUUUAUUGUGGAUGAUAAAGAUCUUUUAGAAGAUGAAUUAUCUGAAUCGACCAAUGAUGGAGAUGAUAAUCCACCACCUCAACCAACAAUUGAUUUCAAUCAAAUUAACAAUGACGAAGUCUUGCUAAUUGAUAAUAAUACUAAUGUGGCACAUGACAAUUCUUCAAAGAUAAGUAUAAUUGCUCCAGGACAGAGCAAAUACCCGUUGCCUUGGCACAAAAUGGAUGAUUUGGAUGAAUUAUGUUUUCCCAAAUUAUUUGGUGGUCAUUCAUUUUCAUCUCAAAAAAUAUCUUAUAAAGAUCGCGCACGUUCAGAAGUUAGACGGUUUGACCGCCGAUCAUGUAUUCCGACCCGUAUCUUAUUUAUGGCAAAAAAAAGUCUGGAGAUUGCCUGCAUGUCUAACAUCAAUAUAUGUUUAAGGCGGUCAAAAAAAAAUUUGGCUAAAAAAAUUGUUGCUUCAGAUGCUAUAGAUAGCAAUUUUAUAAACGAUUUAGUAAAGUUUGAUGAUGGUUAUAGGUUUUUAAAAAACAUUAGAUCGUCGCCAGCAUUUUGGGAAGAUAAGAAAAAAAAAUUAUUAGCUAUGAUUCGUCAGUUGGGCCGGCCCACUUUCUUUUUAACUUUAUCUGCUGCGGAGUCACAAUGGCCAGAAUUAUUGAAAACGUUGAUGAAAUACAGCGAAUACAAUAAAAAUAUAUCUCUACGUGAAGCGUACGCGUUGGAUCACAAUACGAAAACCACACUGAUUAGAAACGAUCCAGUUACUUGCUCGAGAUAUUUUGACUACAAAGUCAACAAAUUUAUGUGGAUGUUGCGACAAGCAAACAGUAUUUUUGGCGAGUAUGAGGUUAUAGACAGCUACGAACGAGUCGAGUUCCAACAGCGCGGCAGCCCGCACGAGCAUAUAUUAUUAUGGUUAAAUAAUGCACCGAAAUAUGAUUCAAAUUGCAAUGAAAGCAAUAAUAACACAUUCAUAGAUUUUAUUGAUAGAUUCAUUACGUGUAAAAAUGAUUCAGAAAAUCCAUAUGUCAAAUUGCAAAUACAUAAACAUGGAAGGACAUGUUAUAAAGGACAACGAAACAAGGAAUGUCGUUUCCACAUUCCAUAUCCCGUUAUGAAAAAGACAAUGAUAUUAGAGCCGCUAAGUAAAGAUGAACAAGCCCCAAAACAAUAUAAAACCAUACGCGAUCUAAUGAAUAAAUUGUAUAGAGAGAAUAAAUAUAUGAGUUACGAAGAUAUUCUAAAGGAAUUAGGAAUGAACGAAACUGAAUAUAUAUUGUCAAUUCGGAGUUCAUUAAAACAGAAGCGCGUAUUUUUGAAAAGAUCUAGCCUGGAAGUAGCUGUCAACGCUUAUAAUUCCAAUAUACUAAAAUUGUUCGAGUCCAAUAUGGAUCUUCAGAUUAUAUUAGAUGAAUAUGCGGUAAUAAGCUAUGUUACUAAUUAUAUUAGUAAGAUAGAGGGAGGACUAUCCAAGCUUUUACGAGAAGCAGCCAUGGAUUGUGACAACAAUAAUAAAAGUAUCAAGGAAAAAUUUUGUGCUGUAACUAACGUAUUUUUAAAUAGUAAUUUAAUGUCAGCACAAGAAGCCGCAUACCACGUUCUUUCGUUGUCUUUGUCAAAACAGAGUAGAAAGACAAUCUUUAUAAAUACUCGGCCAACGACUGAACGAGUGUCAAUGUUGAAGUCGAUCGACACUUUAAAACAAUUAAACAAGGAUUCAACUGAAAUAUAUGUAGAAGAUUUAUUCAGUAAAUAUAGUAAACGCGUUGAAAGUUUAGAAUACGUAUGUCUAGCUGACUACGCUGCAAAUUAUGAAAAUAGAAAAAAAAAAUCAUUGGAUAUUGAAGACGACAUUGACAUCAAUGAUGAGGAAAUAGAAAUAAUAAGCCGCCAAAAGUCUGCUAUAAUAAGAUAUACAAGAUAUAAAUUAUAUCAAGACCCAGCCAAUUAUUAUAGAGAAAAAAUAUUGUUAUUCAUGCCUUGGCGAAAUGAGCUGCAAGAAGUGGAAAAUGUUAACUUUGAACAAGUUUUUAUCGAUCAUAAAAGAAUAAUUGAAGAUAACCAACGUAAAUUUGCUAUUAUAAGUGACGAAACUUUAGACGAUGCACUAAAAUUAAUGAACUCGAACAACUUCAUUAUGAUGAUGAACAUAUAG